AUGGUGAAUUUACCUAAAGACAUUAUAGCUGAAAGCUUACCUGAAGAGACAGUGUUUAUAUUAUAUCAAAAUAAUAUAUUCUACGCGCACAAGGGUGUAAUGGAGUUAAAGGAUCUGGAAUACAUAUCGACAAAGGCAACAAACUAUACUUCCCUCCACGAACGUACUUGGAAUCCCCACGUGUACCAAACAGCUAUGAACAAAUUACGACAAAUACGUAACAUGGUAUCCAAUGAAUUUAAAAUGCGUUGCAGCGAAUGUGGUACAGCUCAUUAUGAAGAUGAAAUUUUGGCGCCCGAACGG